AUGCCGUGCCUGUCUCACGAGCUGAUCCUGUGGAAGAUCCUGGUCCGGCUGCCCACCAAAUCCCUGCUGCGUCUAAGGUGCGUCUGCAAGGCCUGGCGCGACAUCAUCUCCGGCGCCGACCCCUCCUUCUCACAGGCGCACCUCCACCACCUUCACCAGCAAGACAAGAAGCCCUACAGCCUGCUCAUCGCACCACGGAUGAAAUGCAAAAGCGACGUUGAAGAAGAUCCCCGCAACACAACAACAAGACCCUGCACCGAAAUGAUGGUUACCUCCCCGGGGCUCUACCUGUGGGAGGAGAGCCGGCGGGACGUCGCCACCCUCCUAUUCGACAUCUCCUCGUUCCCCGGCGAGGGGGCGGCGACGAGGCGGCAUGGGCUCGCGCACUGCGACGGGCUUGUGCUGCUACCCGCCGAGGACGCCGUGCGCGUGCUCAACCCGGCCACACGCCAAAUCCGCGUGCUGCCGUCGAGCCCGAACAGCGCUCCGCCGGGCCGGUGCCCCGAAGGUGAAGGCCACCAGGCGUUCGGGUUCGGGCGCGACCAUCGCUCAAACGCCUACAAGGUCGCUCGCUUCUUCCACCGUGAAACGCGCGGCAUGGGUGGUGGUCUCGGGAUGGAGGUGUUCACCGUCGGAAAGGACCAGCGCUGGCGCGAGACAGCCGCGCAACCGCCCUACCCUUUCGUAGCAGGGCUGAUGGCCACCUUCUUCAAGGGCUCCUUGAUCUGGACGAUCGACCAUUGCUCGCCUAUGUAUGAUUACUCCCAUCUCGAUGAUGUUGGGCACAUGCCUUGCUUUGUCCGUUUCAACCUCGAAGACGAGUCGUUCAGCGUCAUGAAGGGUCCUCCAUGGUACCAAGGGGCCGACUACCUCGACACCAACUUUGCCGAGCUGAACGGGGAGCUGGCCAUGCCUCAUCCAGGGCCUAACAGCGAACUGGUCGAGAUAUGGAUGUGCGAUGAUGUGGAAGGCAACAACCCGACACGGUGGAAUCAGCGGCUUGUGCUCGACUACCCAUUUUCCAUGCGUCUCAUUGCCACGUUCAAUGACGAGAUAGUGUAUCAAGAUACAUUGGAUUAUCUCUGGCGUCGAACUCGUAAAGGAGACAAGGCUAUGGCUCGCAUGAAUGUCUUGAGAUAUUACAACCCUGAUAUGGGAACACUUGUUGAAUACUCAUGGAGGACCGUCAAAAGGUUCGAUGUAAUCUUUUAUGUUCCGAACCUAGUUAGAAUCUAG